UCAAUCUCCUAUACCUUACAGUAAAAGACCAAAAAACAGGAGGGAGAGAAAACAUAAACCCCUGCUACAUCCCCCGUCUUCACCAAGUCCGGCGACUCACUGUGGGAUUAAGCAAAGAGAAGCGAAGAGCGACGGCGGCGGCAUGGGAACGUCGGUUCAGGUGACGCCACUGUGUGGAGUAUUUAAUGAGAACCCACUCUCUUACCUCGUCUCCAUCGACGGCUUCAAUUUCCUCGUCGAUUGUGGUUGGAAUGACCACUUUGAUACUUCUCUUCUUCAACCCCUUUCCAGGGUGGCUUCAACGGUGGAUGCUGUAUUGAUUUCACACUCUGAUACAUUUCAUCUUGGUGCCUUGCCAUAUGCCAUGAAACAACUCGGUCUUUCUGCUCCUAUUUAUGCUACAGAACCAGUGUACAGGCUAGGGUUACUAACUAUGUAUGAUCAGUAUCUCUCACGGAAGCAAGUUUCAGAGUUUGAUUUAUUCACCUUGGAUGACAUUGAUUCAGCAUUCCAAAAUGUGACCAGAUUAACCUACUCUCAAAAUCAUUACAUGUCUGGAAAAGGAGAAGGAAUCGUGAUUGCUCCACUGGUAGCUGGUCAUCUGUUAGGAGGUACCACCUGGAGGAUAACAAAAGAUGGGGAGGAUGUCAUAUAUGCUGUUGACUUCAAUCACCGUAAAGAAAGGCAUUUGAACGGAACUGUUUUAGAAUCUUUUGUCCGUCCAGCUGUUCUAAUAACAGAUGCUUUUAAUGCUUUAAACAAUCAACCUCCUAGGCGCCAAAGGGACCAAGAGUUUCUGGAUGCCAUAGAAAGAACUGUUAAUGUUGGGGGAAAUGUUUUACUACCUGUUGAUACUGCUGGUCGAGUUUUGGAGCUCAUCCUGACAUUGGAACAGCACUGGACACAAAAACAGUUGUCCACUCCCAUCUACUUUCUAUCAUAUGUAUCCUCAAGUACUAUUGACUAUGUCAAGAGCUUCCUUGAGUGGAUGAGCGAUUCAAUUGCAAAAUCUUUUGAGCACACUCGCGAUAAUGCUUUUCUUUUAAGGAAAAUUAAGCUCGUGAUCAAUAAGAGUGCUCUUGAAGAAGCUCCUGGGUCAAAGGUUGUUAUGGCUUCCAUGGCUAGUUUAGAAGCUGGAUUUUCGCAUGACCUCUUUGUUGAAUGGGCAGCUGAUCCAAAGAAUCUUGUUAUGUUCACCGAGAGAGGGCAGUUUGGCACAUUGGCACGUAUACUUCAGUCAGAUCCACCUCCUAAAGCUGUUAAAGUUACCAUGUCACGUAGAAUUCCCUUGGUUGGUGAGGAGUUGGCUGCUUAUGAGGAGGAGCAGAACAGGAUAAAAAGGGAAGAAGCUCUCAAAGCUACUCUUGUUAAAGAGGAGGAAUCAAAAGCGUCUGUUGGGGCGGAAGUCGUCACAAAUGACCCCAUGGCCGUUGACACCAAUGUCACACAUCCUUCCUCCAAUGCUUCUGGUCUGCACAGUGGUGCUUUCAAGGAUGUGCUGAUUGAUGGAUUUGUAACAACAUCGUCUAGCGUAGCCCCAAUGUUCCCUUUCUAUGAUAACACCUCUGAGUGGGAUGACUUUGGUGAAGUUAUCAAUCCAGAUGAUUAUGUGGUCAAAGAUGACAACAUGGAGCAGUCAUUAAUGCAUGUUGAUGGAGAUUUAAAUGGAAAACUUGAUGAAGGAUCAGCUAACCUAAUCCUUGAUACAACACCCUCUAAAGUUGAAUCUUCUGAGUUAACAGUCCAAGUCAAGUGUUCCUUGUUAUACAUGGACUUCGAAGGUCGUUCUGAUGGUCGUUCAAUCAAAUCAAUUCUUGCUCAUGUUGCGCCCUUAAAGCUUGUAUUGGUGCAUGGAUCAGCUGAAGCCACUGAACAUUUGAAGCAACAUUGUCUGAAACAUGUUUGUCCACAGGUAUAUGCUCCCCAGUUGGAAGAAACCAUUGAUGUGACUUCAGAUUUGUGUGCUUAUAAGGUCCAACUUUCUGAGAAGUUAAUGAGCCAAGUGCUUUUUAAGAAGCUUGGAGACUAUGAAAUAGCAUGGGUUGAUGCUGAAGUGGGGAAGACAGAAAACGACAUGUUCUCUUUACUUCCUCUUUCCGGACCUGCUCCACCCCAUAAAACGGUUCUCGUCGGAGAUUUAAAAAUGUCUGAUUUCAAGCAGUUUCUUGCCAGCAAGGGCGUUCAGGUAGAAUUUGGUGGCGGGGCUUUACGUUGCGGGGAGUAUGUGACCAUUCGCAAAGUCGGAGAUGCUAGUCAAAAGGUUGGGGGUGCAGCUAUUCAGCAGAUUGUGCUUGAAGGUCCAUUAUCGGAGGAGUACUAUAAAAUUCGAGAGUACCUAUAUUCACAUUUUUACUCCCUCUAAAUCUGAAGAAGAGAGUAACUUUUUGUACUUGUAACCAUAAUGCAGUUUUCCUUUUUGUUGCUCUUGAGUCUUGACUGUGGCUGUUUUUCUAGUUAUUUGUAACUUAUCGUCUCUUUGGUUUCGAAAAGGUCACAAUUGUUAGAAUUUCCUGCAGGCAAUGUAGGCUGCUGUAUUUACGCUAAUGAAAGUUAACGAAAAUUUAGAAUUA